UCCUUGUAUAUCUGUUACUGACAAGAUACAGGAGGAACGCUCUUCAUCAUUUAGUUUCUUCGAAACUACAUGUAUUAAUCUUUAACGUAAAAAAUAUAAAUAAUAUAAAUAAAAUAAUAAAAUAUUUUCAGUUUUACAAUGUAUCUAUACGAGGACAUAGUUUUUUAUGACUUUAAAUUUUUAUUAAUUUCAAAUAUUAAUUGAUUAUAAUGAGAAAUACAUUAUCUUUAAUAAAUUAAUAAAAUAUAUAUAAUUUAUAGAAAUUAAUAAUAUAAUUAAUAUUUUUUUAAUUUAUAAAUAAACUUAUUAACUUAUUGAAAAGUAUUUAUACUAGCGGCAUCUAUCAUAUUACUAUUGUAUUAUGAUAAAUAAAUGUGUUAAAUCUAUCGACAUGAUAUAAAAACAAUGUGAAGAAUAUUGAUAUUAUUUAAUUAAAACUGUGUAUUUAAAAUGUCAGACGAAUCAGAAUAUGAUGUAGAACCAGAAGAAUUUGAUAUUUAUAAACGAAAAUAUCAAUUACUAUUAGAUAGAUGUGAAGUUUUACAACAGGAAAAUGAAAGAUUGGUUUAUCGUAUCCAGCGAGUUAGAAAAUUACUCAAACGUACAAGAAAGGAAAAAAAAUUUUUAAUUGAUCGCUUGGAUCAACAUGGUGAUCGUUGGAGAGAAGCACCUAUGGGAGUUCUUGAAGAAAAUAAUGUAUUUCAAGUAACACCUAAGCCAGAAAAAGGUCCAAAAGCUACUACAUAUAAUUCUAAAGAAGAAAAGACUAAAAAAGGAACAAAACGAAAAGGCACUAAGACAGAUCCUAAUGCUCCAAAAAGACCAGCAAAUCCAUUCUUUCAAUUCUGUCAAGAACAAAGACCUCGAGUUAUGGAAAGAUUAGCUGGAGAACCAGAACCAAGCAAACAAGAACUUACUAGACAACUUGCAACUACUUGGAAAUCUCUCAGUUCAGAAGAUAAAAAGGUAUAUUAUGACAUGUACGAACGAUCCAAAGAAAAAUAUGUUGCUGAAAUGCAAAUUUAUAAUAAAAAAUCGGAAGAUAUGCCAAACCAUAUGUCUUUAAAUAUAACAUAGUAUUUGUAUUUAAAAUAAAUAUUUGUAAAUACGUAAUUUAUAAUCAUAUAUUUGCACAUAUGUCAAUAUUUAUAUAUAGAAAAUUGAAAUAAAAUUUUAUAAAUAAA